ACUGUCAUGAGAGUAGUACGCAAACAAAAUAGCACAUUGUUGUAGAAAUUUUCGAAUAAUAACAUUACGUAUAAUGUACGAACCAUUGAUUUUAGAAAAAAAGAAACCCGCUACUCUUUCUGGGACACUUUUCGCUAAAGUUAGUGCAAUUAUAAUUUACUCAAAAAUCUUGGCUUAUUGCGGAAGUGCAUUUUUAGUGUGCAAUUAUAUGGUGAAAAGAAAGAAAUUUAUUGCUGAGUUGAAUGAAGUUGAAUUAACUAUUGCCGGAUGCAAAAUUGCUGAUGAAUUUCAGGGCACAAAAGAAUAUUGGCAAAAUGGAGUCUAUGACAAUAUUGUUUUAAUGGUUUCUGAAACAUGUAGUACAGCAGAGAAAUUGAUAAAAAACCUCUUCAGUACUACAUCUACAGAUACUUAAAACAAAUAAUUGAUUAAUUGAUUAUUGUAGUCAUGAUUAAAAAUAUUUGUAUAAAGCGAAGAAAUUAAUUUGCUUCAGAUAGAGGUAAAAUGGAUAAAGAAUUAUCAAACAAUAAAAAUUUAUGUGAUAAAUCUGAUGCAACAGAAAAUGAUAGUAUAUUAGAUUUUAAAAGUCCAAAAUUACAGAAUCAGAAAGCAAAAUUAAAUGAAUUGUUUAAUUAUAAUAUAAAAAGAAAAAACGCAGUUAUAAAAUCUAAGGGUUCUGUGAAAAAUCAUAAGGAAACAAAAUUUAAACAUAAUUCAGAAAAAGAGAGAAAGGUAUACUUAAAGUCCCAACCUUCAAUAGAAUCAUCAUUUUUUAAGUCUGAAGGUAGUAGUAAUGAUAAUAAAAAUGAUGAUAAUAUCAUCAAAGAAGCUCUUGUGUGCCCAUUGUGCUUUAAAACAUUCAAAGAACUUAAUUCUCAAGCAAUACAUAUGAAGAUCUGUGCUUACAAGAAUAAUAUCUCUACAAAAAAGUUAUUAGAUGCUAUAGAACUCCAAAAACGUCAAGAAAGUGAAAGAAAAUCAUUAGGUUUACUUGCUGCACCUAUAGUACAGGAAAGAAAAAAAAUAGCAUCACGUAAAGUAGGUUUACAUGAAGAAUCUGAUCUUCAACUUGCGUUAGCAUUAUCAAAAUCUCUUCAAGAGGUAGAAGAACUAGACGAAAUUAAUGAACUUGAGGGAUUACCUAAAACUUUAACACGAUCUGUAUCAGAAAUAGUUGAGCCAAUUUCGGAAAAACAGUUAGAGAGAUUUGGAUUUGCAAGUAGCAAACCUCCAUCAUUGAUAAAAAAUAAAAGAAAGAGGGACAAUCAAGUAACUCUUCUUCAAACACGAUCCCAAGAUGAAAGAAAUCGCAUUUUAACAGAGAGAAUUUCAGAAAUUUUAAUGGAAGAUGAACCAAUUACUCAAAGUAAAAAUGACACAAUAUAUGACGAGAAAAUUAAACAAGAAAUUGCUCCAAGAAGUCAUUUGCUAAAACAGUUUUUGUACAAGGAAAAAAAAUUGUGGAAUAAAGCUAGUUUAUCCUCUAAUCAGGAGUGUUUCUAUGUAUCAAAUCUUUCAAAAUAUAUAAUUCCAGAAGAAAAAGAAAUAGAAAUAGAAAAUGAAACUACUUUAAAAUUUACAAAUACAUGCAACUUAAAGGAAACAAACUUAAGCCAAUAUAAAACAAAUAUUAGUAAUAAUAAGGAAGUACUUUAUGAUUCAUCCGAUAGAGAAUUGAACUUUAUAAAUGAAAAAUGUGAAAAUUGUCGAGAUAAACAAUUCAUUAAUGCUUUGGUAACAAAUUGGAGGAGUGCAUUAAACAAUAGUUCUGCAAGUGAUGUAAUAAUAUUUGUUAAUGAUAACAAACAUAUUUGGGCACAUAAAUUGAUUUUUUAUGUACAAUGUCCAAACAUUUUGCUUGACAUUACACCUAAUGAUAGUUCAGUGUAUCCUCAAAUCAAAGAAAAAAUCAGCUGGACAGAUAUAUCUUAUAAUGUUGCUUUGCAAUUUCUAGAAUUUAUUUACUGUGGAAUUAUUGAAAAGUAUUUCUGUAUUUUUGAAGAACUGAAGAAUUUGUCUUCUUUAAGAAGUUUGGCGAGGAAAUAUAAAGUAGAGCGAUUGUUUGAUUACUUAGAAAGAAAAGAAAUUGAAAAUAAAAAAGCUCAUACAUAUAAUGUAAAGAAUAGUGAAUUUGAAAAUGAAUUAGCUUAUAGUGAAAGAAGUAAUUUACAAUUGAGUAAUAAUUGUUUGGACGAUUUAAUCUGUGAAGAAUCAUCUGAAGAAAAUAUUUGUUUAAGUAAUGUAAAUACUAGUAGGUAUUGCAGCAUGUCUCCUGAUAUGUUUGAUGAUAUUAAUGAUACAGUAUCAAAGAAUAAAAUAGCUGUAGCACUUGAUAAGUCAAAGAACAAUGAAAGUUUGAAUAUACUUAAUUCUAUUGAUGAAGUGAGACUUAAUAAUACUGAUGUAAAUACAAGCUCUUCUAAGAAAGUUAAAAAAUAUCUAAAUUCAAUUUCCAAUGGAUCACAUUUAAGUGAACAAGAACGAAAGAAUUAUUUAGUACCAUUGAAAAGUAAUCUUAGUUUAUUUAUUGAACGAUUUCAAAAAGAAAAUGCAAAAUCGGACUUCGAUUCUGACCCUGAAAAUUCAGUUUUAUCAAUAUUUUCCAAACCAAACAGAAAUCCAUUUAAUGUAAGGAAUGAUGAUAGUCCUGAUCAGCGUUCUACAUCUCAUGAGAACACUGUUAUAAAAGAAACAUUAGAUAAAGAAAGGAGAAACGUUUUGAGUAUAUUUGACAAUUAUACAAGUCCUGAAUUAAAUACAAAAAUGCUGCAUGAAAAGAAUAAUGAUAGUAUAUGUCAAAAUUUUGGAACAAUAGAGUCAGUAGAAUGUAAUAUAGAAAACUGUACAGAAAAUCAGUUAAAGAAUAAUUUAGUAAAUAAAAGUAUCAUUAAUGUAGAAACAGAAAAUCAAAGUAAAAUAAUAGAAAGAAAUGUAGAUCUACAGGUUUUGCAUAACAAAUCUGCGAAUACAUCUUCUAUAUCAAAAUAUAAUGAAGAUAGCAUUCAAUCAGAAAUUGUUGCGGAUGAAGAUGAAAUAUCUAUGUAUUCAAAGUAUAGACAAGAACACGAACAUAAUAGCAUACUAAAGUAUCGAGAUUAUAUAAAAAGGAAUGCAUUACAAAACGACACGAUGGUUAAUUUAGAAUAUGAGAAUAUGGAUAAUGAUAUUACUUUACCUUCAGACAUAAAUAAAGAUUCUGAAAUUAAAGGGAAUUCAGUAGAACAAUAUGAAACUCAAACUAAAAGAAGUUCUAAAACAUAUAAACAAAUAUCCGUUCAAAAUUCAUGUGAUCUCUCCAAUGAAUUUUUUGAUAAAGAUAAAAAUGAUUUUUCUAUUAAUGCUGUAUCCCCAAUAAGUAGUAGAAAAAACGUUCAUGAAGUUCAAGGAAUCAAUAAUGUAACUACAUUAAGAUACAGUAAAUCAGAAAAUGAUAUAGCUAUAGAAGUAAUAAGAAAAAGUCUGUCAACACAAUCAGAUAUGUAUGAAUGCAAUUCUUUGAAGUCUCCCAUAUCUAUAUCUUCUAGUACAGAAUCCGAUUUUGAUGUUUCAAACUUGUAUAAGUCUCAGGAGGAUAAAAAUGAUAGAGAUUCAAAUUUUGAAAAAUCUCUUAAUAAUUAUUCUAUUGAACGUGAUAAUUAUUUGGCAAAUGUUCAUAUUAAUGAUGAAGAUGAUAACAAUAGCAUAAGCAUUUCUUUGUCUAGUAUUGAAGAUAUAGAUCAGUUAAAUAAAUGCAAUUCUGUUCAAACAUGCAAUAUAAAUAAAGAAGAGAUUCCAUCAAUUAUAAAUAAUGAUAAUAUUGACUUGAAAAAAAGGUCUUCAAUUCAGAAACAAAAUGAUAGAAAAUUUAAAAAAAAAUCUAUUUCAGAAACAAAUUUAAAUAUUCAUACAAAAAGUGCCACAAACAUUAAUAGUUUAAAGAAAUCUGAAUGUAAAUGUCAUAAAAAAAUAUCGAGAGUAGCCAAAUCACCUGUAAUCAUUAGAAAUAGUAACACUCCUCCACCAAAUUAUAAUGAGAUGAAGACACCAGAAUUGCAUGAAAAAUUAAAUAGGUAUGGAUUAAAAAUCCAAAAACGGAAAAAAGCUGUGAAAUUAUUAACAUAUAUUUAUAAUGAAUUACACCCUACAAUUAGUACAUCAGGGAUAGAAUCAGAAUUUACAAACAUAAGUAGUGAAGAUGAAGAACCACCAAUGAAAAAAAUAAAUUAUGAUAAAAGUGAUACUAAUUCCAUUGAUGAUAAUGAUUGUGAACUACUGCUUUCACCAGAUAGUGUCACAAGUAAUCAUUCACAAAUAACUAUUACCAAUGAAGAGAAACAAUUCAAUGAAUCUCAAUCUAUAAAUGUAGCUGAUAAUACACAAAACAUGAAAGAUAUUCUUUUGAAAUUUAUUACUACCAAUAAAGUAUUACAUAAUAAAAUUUUAGCUUAUGAACCAUUAUGCAUUGAUUCUUUACAUUCUUCAUUGAAAGCAGAAGGUUUCAAAUGCAAGAUGAAUACUCUUAUGGAUUUUUUAGAUGAACAGUGUAUUACGUUUUAUUUUAAUGAAGCAAAACAUAGAAAAGAUAAAAAAAACUGAUUUUGAUAUAGUUACGUGCAUGUGUAUUAAAAA